AUGAUCACUGCAGAGGCGGGUUUUGGUGGUGAUCCUCAGCUCUCCAUCAAGGGUCACAUAUUGACUAGUUUUAUUCUGCAGGAUUUGUGUCAGCUGGUGAACGCCGACGCCCCCUACUGGUUAGUGGGAAUGACCGAGAUGACCCGGACGUUCGGCCUGGAGCUGCUGGAAUCAGUUUUAAAUGACUUUCCUGAAGUUUUCCUGCAGCAUCAGGAGUUCAGUUUCCUGCUGAAGGAGCGCGUGUGUCCGCUGGUCAUCAAGCUGUUCUCUCCCAACAUCAAGUUCCGUCAGGGCUGCAGCAGCAGCGCCUCGUCCCCGGCGCCUUUGGAGAAACCCUAUUUCCCCAUCUGCAUGAGACUGCUGCGGGUCGUCUCGGUCCUCAUCAAACACUUCUACAGCCUCCUGGUAACGGAGUGUGAGAUCUUCCUGUCUCUGCUGGUGAAGUUUUUGGAUGGAGAGAAGCCGCAGUGGCUGAGAGCCGUGGCAGUGGAGUCUGUGCACAGACUGUGUGUUCAGCCACAUUUACUACGGUCUUUCUGUCAGUCGUACGACAUGAAGCAGCACUCCACCAAAGUCUUCAGAGACAUCGUCAACGCUCUGGGCUCCUUCAUCCAGUCCCUCUUCAUCCUCCCUAGCGCAGGAAACACCUCCUCCACCAGCACGCCUGCAGGUGGGUCGGUGUCGGGUUCACAGGGGUCCGCUCAGGGAGGUCCGGGUGCGGCAGCAGCAGGGGGAGGUCUGAUCACACAGGCAGCUUUUGAGUACCGGGGCACCUGGAUCCCCCUCAUGAACGUCAGCGUCCAGGGCAGCGCCAAAGCCACCUAUCUGGAGAUGCUGGAUAAGGUGGAGCCGCCCUCCAUCCCUGAAGGUUACGCCAUGUCUGUUGCCUUCAGCGCCCUGCUGGAUCUGGUGAGGGGAAUCACGUCUAUGAUCGAGAGAGAGCUCUCCAAACAGGAACAGGAAGCUGCUAUGAGGAAGGAGGCGGAGCUUGUUAGUCCUCCACAGAGAGACAGCUGCCCUCAGGAACCCAGUGAGUUCAUGUCGACUACGGACGAGACGGCCACAGAAAACAUCCUAAAAGCGGAGCUGUCCAUGGCGUCUCUGUGUGGCCGUCUGGGUUUGGUGACGCCGCGUGACGCUUUCAUUACGGCCAUCUGUAAAGCGUCUCUCCCUCCUCACUACGCCCUCACCAUCCUGAGCAGCAACGCUGCCAACCUCUCCAAUAAAGUGUACUCUAUCCAGGGUCAGAGUGUGCAGAUGGUCAGUCCGUCCAGUGAAUCUCACCAGCAGGUGGUAGCAGUGGGUCAGCCGCUCACCACACAGCCGCAGGGCACCGUAGUGCUGACAGCGAAGAACAUUCAGUGCAUGCGGACGCUGCUGAAUUUGGCUCAUUGUCACGGUGCUUAUCUGGGAACCUCAUGGCAGCUGGUUUUAGCCACACUACAGCAUCUGGUGUGGAUUCUGGGUCUGAAACCGGCUGUCGGUGGAGUUCUGAAACCCGGGCGAGCUGUGGAGGGUCCGAGCACGGUUUUGACCACAGCGGUGAUGACCGAUUUACCCGUCAUAUCAAAUAUCCUUUCCAGACUCUUUGAAAGUUCACAAUACCUGGACGAUGUCUCUCUGCAUCACCUGAUAAACGCUCUGUGCUCGUUAUCCAUGGAGGCCAUGGAGAUGGCUUACGGAAACAACAAGGAGCCAUCUUUGUUUGCGGUGGCCAAACUGCUAGAGACCGGACUGGUUAAUAUGGACCGGAUCGAGAUUCUCUGGAGGCCGCUGACGGCUCAUUUACUGGAGAAGGUCUGUCAGCAUCCUAACGCUCGAAUGAGGGAGUGGGGCGCAGAGGCCAUCGCCUCGCUGAUCAAAGCUGGACUCUCCUUCAAACACGAGCCACCGCUGUCCCAGAACCAGAGGUUGCAGCUGUUGCUUCUGAACCCUCUGAAGGAGCUCUCCAACGUCCUUCACGCCGAUAUCCGACAGAAACAGCUGGAGUGUGUCCUACAGAUCCUACAGAACCAGGGAGACAGUCUCGGACCGGGAUGGCCUCUGGUGCUGGGGGUCAUUGGAGCGAUCCGCAAUGACCAGGGUGAAUCCCUCAUACGAACAGCCUUCCAGUGCCUGCAGUUGGUGGUGACCGACUUCCUACCCACAAUGCCUUGCAUGUGCCUACAAAUUGUGGUGGAUGUAGCCGGCAGCUUUGGGCUCCAGAACCAGGAGCUAAACAUCAGCCUGACGUCUAUCGGCUUGCUGUGGAACAUCUCAGACUACUUCUUCCAAAGGGGAGAAGCAAUUACAGAGGAGCUGGAGAGGGAGGAAGCAGUUCUCUUGAAACAGGCCCAAGAUAAAGGUGAACCUCUGAACCGACCCUUCCACCCUGCGCCACCCUUUGACUGCCUGUGGUUGUGCCUGUAUGCCAAGCUGGGUGAGUUGUGUGUGGACCCACGGCCGGCUGUGAGGAAAAGCGCUGGCCAGACAAUGUUCUCCACCAUUGCUGCUCACGGAACGCUGCUGCAACCACCGACCUGGAACAUCGUGGUUUGGAAGGUACUAUUGCAUCUCUUAUCGACAAUUAAUCGAUCAUCGAUUAAUCGUUGACAUCCCUAAUUGAGACAUGUGGUUCUCAAAGACGUAUCUCAGAAUUUGGUUCUAAAAGUCAUGUUCUUGCUUGCAGGUGACUUUUUCAAGGCUUGGGAAGUUCUGUUGGACCACAUCCAGUCUGCUGCACUCAGCAAGAACAAUGAAGUUUCCCUCGCCGCCCUCAAGAGCUUCCAGGAGAUCCUCCAGCUAGUCACGCCCAUUAAAGACACGGAUAAACCCGACGCUCUCACAAUGGACGUUCCUCCUGUCCUUAUGGAGUCUUUACAAGGUUCUGGGCCAGGAAGACCCCUAGUCCGAUCCGAUUCCCUUGCCGAGCGACUAGCCCAGCGCUACGGUGCCCAACCUUCACUUCCACCACCUGGAGAGGAGCUGGACGACUCGGCCCUCUGGUGGUCAGCGUGGAACACUUGGUACCGGAUAGGAACAGAGUGCACGCGACCCCCUAGUGGUGGAACAGAUAAACUAGUGUUCGUACCCAGUCAGCCUUUCCUGACGGCGCUAAUACAGAUUUUCCCAGCUUUGUACCAGCACAUCGCAGGAGGGUUCAGCAUGGAAGAUCUCAAGAAGCUGGGGGUGAUUCUGCAUGGAGCCGUGUCGGUACCCAUAAGCUCAGACUCCUCGCCUUUCAUCUUGCCCUCCUACACGGAAGCGGUGCUCACCAGCCUGCAGGAAGUGGUCCUGACUGCCCUUGACGUCCUGCAGAAGGCAAUUUGUGUGGGUUCGGAGAAUCUCCAGGUGAUGUAUCCCGCCAUCUUUGAGCAGCUUCUGCUGUUCGUGGAGUUCUCCUGUAAACCUCCUCAGUAUGGAAAGAUGGAGACCAAACUUGUGGCCAAUGCCAAAUACAACCAGAUCCAACUGUUUGCACCGGCGGAGUGGGUGGCCUUAAACUACGUGCCGUUUGCGGAGCGAUCUUUGGAGGUGGUGGUUGAUCUAUAUCAUAAAACGGCCUGUCACAAAGCCGUUAUCAACGAGAAAGUCCUACAAAACAUCAUCAAGACUCUGAGGAUUCCUCUGGGUCUGAAGUACGCCUGUCCUGCUGAGAGCACCUGGAAUCUGGCCGUCUCCUCUCUGCUCAAAGUGCUUUCCAUUGGACUCCCUGUUGCCCGGCAACAAGCAUCCUCAGGCAAAUUUGACACGAUGUGGCCAGAGCUGGCGAACGCCUUUGAAGACUUCCUGUUUACCAAAAGCACACCUCCAGAUAAUCUGUCCAUACAAGAGUUCCAGAGGAAUGAAGCUGUAGAUGUCGAGGUGGUGCAGUUGAUCAGCACAGAGAUUUUACCAUUUGCCAAUUUCAUACCCAAAGAGUUCGUAGGUCGUAUCAUGAGCAUGCUCAAUAAAGGAUCGAUUCACUCCCAGUCAUCAACGUUCACAGAGGCUGAAAUGGACAUGCGUAUGCGGGAGGAGUUCUCGAAGGUGUGCUUUGAGACGCUCCUGCAGUUCUCCUUCAGUAAUAAGGUGUCGACGCCGCAGGAGGGCUACAUCUCUCGUAUGGCGCUGUCAGUGCUGCUGCAGAGGGCGCAGGACGUGCUCCGACGAUACGUGGAGGACGAGAGACUCGGUGGACGCUGCCCGCUGCCCAGGCAACAAGUGACUGAGAUCAUCUUUGUGUUAAAAGCCAUCAGCACUCUCAUGGAUUCCUUGAAAAAGACUCAACCAGAGAACGUGGACGGGAACGUGUGGGCUCAGGUGAUCGCGCUGUACCCGACGCUGGUGGAGUGCAUCACCUGCUCGUCUCCUGAAGUAAGCUCCGCCCUCAAAGAAGCCCUGGGGCCCUUCAAAGACUUCAUGCAACCGCCCGUCUCCAAAGUGCAGAACGGCGAAUCGUGACUGAACGUUUUUAUUCCACCGCAAACAUGAAUGUGACUGUUUCAUACGCCGCGCGUGAGGACGAUUCACCCCCAUCGUCAUGGUAACUGUUGAUUGACAGCUCCAAAUCCCAUCGUUCAAAGCUUCUUCUAAUACGAGCUGACGGUAGACUCUGAUUGGCCGACUUUAACGAUGUAUUAACUGCUACGUUAAAUUUGCAGUGUUUGUUGUUUUUAUGGGUUUUUGGUCCCCUCCCCCCCCCGCCCCCUGGAGUUAAUGUACAGUGUUUGGUGAUAGUGUUAAAGAUGUAAUUAAGAAUUACGUAUUUGGAUUGAAAAUCAAAUCCAAAAAUCAUUUAAAAAGAAAGAACGAAAAAUCAUAAUAAAUACAUGAAGGAUGGUCUUUUUUUGUGAAAUUUUCUCAACAGCAAUGGGAUUUAUGCAAGAUCUUACUGUAACAUUCCAUGUCAUCUGUAGUCGCAUUGAGAAGGGUCGAACCCAGUGUGUGUACAAUAAUAAAUGGUACAGUUCUAUGAACAUCAAA